AAUGCGUAAGUGAUUUAGUGGUGGGGAGAGCAGCCCAGACGUGAGAUCGGUAGGUUUAGGUUAGGAUAAAACAGCUGAUUUGGAUUUACGUGCUUCGGAGAAGAACUCAGGAUUCUCGGAGUAGAAUUGGAUUGCGAAUCGGAACGACAAAAUCACAAAUUGACCUCGAUGAUCCUCGUCGUCGCCGCGGCUGCUCGUCGGGGUCAGUUUUGACGGGGGACCUCGUCGGGGGAGAAGACCCCGUCCGUCGGCUUGACGUCUCUCGCAACAAUUGACAGGUCCACCUGCAUGAUAAAAACGAUGGCAGGCUCAGCGCUCAGACGACUGAUGGCGGAGUACAAACAGCUAACCUUGAACCCGCCGGAGGGCAUCAUCGCUGGCCCGAUUAACGAGGAAAACUUCUUCGAGUGGGAGGCCCUCAUCACUGGGCCAGAGGGAACGUGCUUCGAAGGUGGAGUGUUUCCAGCGAAAUUAAUAUUUCCCCCGGAUUAUCCAUUGAGUCCUCCGAAAAUGCAGUUUACCUGUGAGAUGUUUCAUCCCAACAUCUACGCGGAUGGAAGAGUCUGCAUAAGCAUACUGCACGCACCUGGCGACGAUCCGAUGGGUUACGAAAGUAGCGCGGAAAGGUGGAGUCCAGUGCAGAGCGUGGAGAAGAUACUGCUGAGUGUAGUAAGUAUGUUGGCUGAACCAAACGACGAGAGCGGCGCCAAUGUGGACGCCGCCAAGAUGUGGAGAGAAGAUCGCAGGGAGUUCGAGAGGAUAGCUCAGAAGCUGGUGAGAAAGACCCUGGGUAUCCCACCUUAAGAUAAAAUCCGUCUGUUGCAAGAAAGAGGGAAAAGAGAAACGGUUCUCGAGAGUAACGGUUAUUGUUGUAUUUGUCGGUCGCUGGCAUUCCUGUAGGAAACAAAAUAAAUUUUUACCUGUGCAAACGAA